CAGUCGGUGCGAGAUGCCCGAGCGGUGCGGUUGCUGCACUACGGCGGCGGCCACGGUGGCCCACGUGGGCCUGGGGGCGGCGGCCGUUCGGCGGCGGAAAGUGUCGCGGCUGGGGGAUGCGCGGGGCCGGCAGCUGCAGAGGAUGCGCGAUGGCCUGGUGGUCGCGCUUCUGCAGGCCACGCUUCUCACGCUGACGCUACUGGCGACGCAGUACGAGCCGCACGCAGACGCCAGCGACUCGCGCAACAGCUACCUCCCGGUCAUGGGCGGCUUCGACCAGCGCAACCUCCGCAUCACGAAACACUACCCCAUGUUCCAGGACGUGCACGUAAUGGUGUUCGUGGGCGUGGGCUUUUUGAUGACCUUUCUGAAGAAGUACGGCUACAGUGCGGUCGGCUUCAACUUCCUGGUGUCGGCGCUGAGCCUGCAGUGGGCCAUCCUGGCGCGCGGCUUCUUCGAGAUGGACAACGGACGCAUCAACGUCGGCAUCACAAGCAUGCUGGGUGCGGACUUUGCGACCGUGGCCGUGAUCAUCUCGCUCGGCGCCGUAAUCGGCAAGACGACGCCGCUGCAGUUGAUCGUAAUGUCUCUUAUCGAAAUCGCCUUGUUCGCCACCAACGAGUGGUUCGGCAUGAACGUCCUCAAGGCCGUGGACGCUGGCGGCUCCAUGUACGUGCACGUGUUCGGUGCCUACUUUGGACUGGCAGUCAGCCUGGCACUCCGCAGGAAGGACAACCCUGAUUUCAGCAACGAGGCCGCAGAGUACCACUCGGACCUCUUCGCAAUGAUAGGUACACUGUUUCUGUGGGUGUUCUGGCCGUCGUUCAACGCCGCCCUGGUUACGGGCGACAACCAGUACCGCGCCGUCAUCAACACGUACUUCUCGCUGUCCGCGUGCUGCGUCACCGCGUUCGCCGUCUCCUCACUCGUCGCCAACGACAACAAAUUCAACAUGGUGCACAUUCAAAAUUCGACGUUGGCGGGCGGCGUGGCCGUGGGCACCGCGGCGGACAUGAUGCUCUACCCGUACGGCGCGGUGGCGGUCGGAAUUGCGGCGGGAACUCUUUCAGUCAUCGGAUACAAAUACAUUCAGCCAGCCUUGCACCGAGCGCUGAAGCUGCACGACACGUGCGGCGUGCACAAUUUGCACGGAAUGCCGGGGGUGCUGGCGGGCUUCGUGGGCGCGCUGAUGGCAGCGCUGGCCUCCGAGAAGGAGUACGGCGAGAGCCUGUUCCUGCAGUUUCCGGCCAGGGCGCCGAUGAACAACACCAGCGCCCUGACUGACGUCAACGAGGUGCUCAUGUUCCUCGAGCCCGGCGACAACAGAAGCGCCCUCCGACAGGCCGGCUUCCAGCUCAUCGCGCUGCUCGUGACAUUUGUCGUCGCUGUCAUUGGAGGACUCCUCACAGGAUUCCUCUUGAGCGCCGAGUGGAUGGGCCAGGUGCCGAACGACCGAUUCUUCGACGACGCCCACUUCUGGGAAGUGCCCAUCGACGAGCCCGAUUCGGGCGUUAGCGGCGCCGCUGGCGCCGCGGCCGAAGCGCACUUGAACCCGGCGUUCACGCGCAAGGAAUCGCGUGACUCCAAGUGCUGACAACUGCACCCUUCGAUCUCGAACCCACCCCCAAUGUACAUUCCGCACCCCCAAGACAGACGGACCAGCGUCGAUAUAUAUAAAUUUUCUGAGUGUGUGUGUGUGUUUCUGUUGGCCGCUCGAAAUAAAAAUGGUUGAAUCUCUUCCUGUACAUACCAAAACAGAGAAAA